AUGGAACCCUCCUGCUGCGUGAUGAAAGCGUACACGGCAACCUCCAUGCCGUCAGGCCUGUAUAAUUCGCGAGAUCCAACACUUAAGAGCCUUGAAGAGGUGCAGGACAUGAUAGAAAGAUUGCAGCAAACUCAGCUUCUUCAAGCGCAGCGCAUCACAGACCUCGAACGCCAACUCGAAUCGCACCGUGAAGGCAUAGCCGAGUUUCCCUUCUUCUCGCGUCUGCCACCUGAGCUGAGAUGCCAAAUAUGGGAAAUGGCGUUGCCAGUGCAGAUUUUCCGGCCGUUCCGCUUCCUUCAGCCUUCGUUUCUGGAAUGGACGAGUGUUCCUCCUCCAGUCAUCUCCCGUGUCUGCCGGGAAGCUCGAUACGUUGCACAACAGAAUGGCGCCCUAUAUUGCCAUGACUUUCUCGCCCCUCUAUCCUGGGCAUGGUUCAACGGGCACACAGACAUACUGGAUCUUUGUCCGUAUAACAUAGUGGGAAACAGCUUCACCUCUCUGCAGACAAAGCUUCUCGAAGAAACCAGGACCGUCUUGCUAGAUGUGAACUCUGUCAACAGUCUGUCGAUAAAAGUGUUGUUUGGUGAAGAAAGCCGCCUUCCAAACGUCCACACCAUCCACCUAAUGGCAGGCAACACAUUUCAGGCAGAAAGGCAAUCCUGGCAUCCUCAUGCAGUAGCUCGACUAUUUGGAAGCCAGUCAUUUGCCCAUGUCGAUAUAGAAGACGACGACGAGGUCGAGCGGCUUGAGCAACUGCUGAUCGAGAUGACCAGCGCGUCCGACGGUAGCUUCACGGACAAGUGGCAAAUGGAUGCCAUCACCAAGCUCCGGGCUCAAGUUCGACCGCCGGCUACCGUUAUGGAGCCCUGGAGAAAAGCAAAACAGCACAUCAUGCAAGGGUGGAUGUCGUACAAUGUCGGCGCUUCCUCGCUAGAAGUGUCCAGGAGCUGCGUUGAAGAAGACGGCAUGAUAAAGGAAGACGAGGUCAGAAAAUCGUAUCCCCAGAUGCCUAUAAUCAAGCUGGUGCAGGCAUUUGAGCUGGCGCCCGCUCCUAAAUUGGCGAAGUGGUACAAAGAUCAUGGAAGACAGAUUAUUGAAGAUUACCAGUAUCAUACAUAUAAUGCCAUUUCAGACAUGUCAUCACUUUUAAAUGAUUUGCUAUUGGAACAUCAUCGACGAAGAAGUUUAUGCUUCAGUCACCUGUUCAGUCACCUGCCAAACGCAAUCGACAAUCACUUGACCCAGAGCAGGGGAUACUCCCCUUCCCCUUGCGUCUUACUUCUCACUUUCAACGAACCAGAUUCCUCUUGUUUCGAGUCCGUCUAUCAGAGGCUUUCCUCGGGUUAAGGUCGAAUUGGCAUCAAACGUCCUUGCAUCGCACGACUAGCGCUGCAUCUAUAAAGAACGUGCCUGUUGCCUACUACCCAGCUUCAACGACUAAUUGACUAACUUUGCUGACCCAAAAAUCAUCAUUGAUUGCUUCUUCCAUUUACAAUAGUUAAUCAUGAAGCUCCUCAGUGUCAUUGGUGGCCUCUCCGGCUAUGCCGCCGCCCUCGAGCUCACCGCUCCGCUCUUCGGUGACGCGGGCAGCGUCGGUGAGAGGCGAAUCCCAUCGAGCUACGAGUCGGCCGUUAUGGGCCGUCGAGUUUUGGCUCUCACGAAGCUCGGUACCUUGUCCACUGUAUUUCCCAAGUCGUCAUCUUCUAGCGAUGCCGACACGGCGGAGAGACGACCGGACGGUCUCGAGGGUUUGCCCGUCGGGCUUCUUGAUUACAUAGCUGAUUGCGAAGAUGAAGGCAAUCCAACGAUUCUAGCCAUCAAGAUCGCUACCAGCUUCAAGAACGUCCGCGCUGGCUCCAACAUCACCCUGUCUGUGGAGUGGACUCCCCCGUACCCGCCGUCCAAGCGCAUCCCGCUUCUAUCCCGCCUCUCCGCGUACGUGCCGUUCUUAGGCAACAAGGACUACAACGAAGCCUCGCCUUUUGCCGAGUCAGACUCGCCUCCAGACACGGUGCCCUACUC